AUGUACGUACAAGUAAGAAUGAUGGACACUGGUGUGUCGGUCACAAUACCCACAUCCAGGACAACAGUGCUCAAAGAGUUCAAGAAACUCGUCGAAGAAAAAUUCAACAUCAAGCCGGAAAACCAGAGAUUGUUUUUUGCCGGAAAGCAACUGGAAGACCAAUAUAGGCUAUUUGACUAUAGUAUAAAUGUAAAUGAUGUUAUUCAACUAAUGGUUAGGGUAGCUGUUGCUAAAAUAAACUCUCCAAAAAAAUCAAAAGUAACAAUAAAUUCAAUAAAAGAAACACCUACUCCAAGUUCUUCUUCUACCACUAGUUCAGCAUUGAAUGAAGAUAAUUCUGAGGAGAGCAAAUAUUUUAAAGUCGGUGAUUAUGUUGAUGUAAAAGAUUAUACCUACGGAUCAUGGUUCAUUAGUAAAUUGAUCAAGAUAAAAAAAGACAACUGUGUAGUAAAUAAACCAAAUGAUCCUAAAAGUCCAGUGGAAAACGAUGGGCUAGUUUAUGUUGCAGAGAUCUUACGAUGUCCUGAAGAACCUCCCAUUGAAGUUCAAUUGCAAGAAAUACGGCCUCAUGCAUUUGAUAUUUUGCCUUUUGAAAAGUUAAAAACAAACGAUAGAGUUCUCAUGAAUUACAAUGUUGAUUACCCACAAGAACGCGGUUAUUGGUAUGAUGUACUGGUGAAAGAGAUAAAAACUAAUAGAAGAGGCCGUGAUGUUAUUGGAGAUGUAUCUGUUGGGUUAGAUAAUGCAGUGUUAAAAAAUUGUCAUUUGAUGUUUCUCGAUGAUAUCUAUAUAGUAAAACCCUAUCAGUUACUGUCGGAGCGGACACCAGAAGAUGAUAAAAUUAUACAAACUGAACCUACUGUCAUGAGAGCGGCUGCUUUGUAUUGCAUCAAAUGCAAAGACAACUCGAACAAAUCAUGUAAGGAAUGUGGGUGUCGUGUUUGUGGUGGAAAAGACAAUGAAGACAAACAGUUAAUGUGUGAUGAAUGUAAUCAUCCUUACCAUAUGGAAUGCCUAACGCCACCCUUGAAAGAGAUGCCACGUGAUGAUUGGUAUUGUCCGUCAUGUAAAAAUGAUGAAAACGAAAUUGUCAAAGCUGGCGAAAAAUUAAAAGUUUCGAAGAAAAAGACACCAGAAUCCAUGUCAACAUCAAAAAGAGACUGGGGUAAGGGUAUGGCAUGUGUUGGGAGAACAAAAAAGUGUAAUAUUGUGCCAUCAAACCAUUUUGGUCCCAUUCCUGGCGUUGAGGUUGGAACCACAUGGCUAUUCCGUGUACAAGUAUCUGAAGCUGGUAUUCAUCGUCCUCCUGUUGGAGGAAUACACGGUAGAGACAAUCAGGGUGCGUUUAGCAUUGUGUUAAGUGGUGGUUAUGAAGAUGAUGUUGACAAUGGUGAUGAGUUUUUGUACACCGGUUCUGGUGGACGUGAUUUGUCAGGAAACAAACGUACUGCUCUGCAGAGUUGUGACCAAGAAUUGACACGUUAUAAUAGAGCUUUGGCACUCAAUUGUAAUGCAAAAAUUGAUAGUGAAAAAGGAGCUACAGCUGUGGAUUGGAAAAAAGGCAAGCCAGUUAGAGUCGUACGAAAUUAUAAACUUUGUAAACAUUCCGAAUAUGCACCAGAGUUGGGAAAUCGGUACGAUGGUCUUUAUAAAGUAAUAAAAUAUUAUCCUGAAACUGGAAUAUCAGGAUUCACUGUAUGGCGGUUUGUUCUAAGACGCGAUGAUCCCACGCCAGCUCCUUGGACUGCACAAGGCAAAAAGCGUAUAACACAAUUAGGCCUUAAAUUAAUUUAUCCUGAAAACUAUAUUAUACCUACUGUUACUACCAACGGCACAAAAUCAAAAUUACCUGGAUCUAAAAAAAAAAGAACACUACAGGACGCUGACAUUGAGGACAAUGAGCAGUGUAAGAAUAAUGAUUCAAAGAAAAAUUCUUCUGAAAGAGAAGUCACUGAUAAUCCUGAAAAAAAAUCAAAAAUAAUGUAUGAACUUGAAAAAGAAGCAGAAACACUCAUUAAAACUGAUGUGGCCAAUACAAAAUAUUGGGAAGACUGUAAAGAGUAUUUAGAAAAAGGCAAAAAAGCAUUUUUGGAUAGAGUUGAAGAAAUGUUUUCUUGCAUAUGUUGUCAAGAAAUUGUCUUUGAACCAAUUACAACUGAAUGUUCUCACAACAUUUGUAAAGGUUGUCUUAGAAGAUCAUUCAAUGCUGAUGUGUUCCAAUGUCCUUCAUGUAGAGCAGAAUUGGGGAAGAGUUAUCCCAUGAAUGUUAAUGUGAAAUUGGCCAAAACUCUGUUGUAUUUGUUCCCAGGAUAUAAUUUAGAUCGUUAA